UUAAUUAGAUUGCUUAACAUACAUUAUCAAUCUUUAGUGUGUGUGUGAGGGAGAGAGAGUUGAAGAUUAUGGAGGGUGAAGAAGAAGUUUUGGAGCCUAUGAGUCCAAGUGCACAAUACUUGAGUAGCUCUGCGUUAUCACUCACAAUUUUGGGUGUUUUGGAAACUGAAGAUCCUAUAAAUGUUGAUGAUAACAUGUCUCUUGUCACCGAUCUUUUCUUGCCUAUAAACCCACGUUUCUCCUCGAUUAUGGUUACCAACAAAAAAGGGGUGAGGAAAUGGAAAAGGGUAGAGGUGAACGUUGAAGACCACCUCAUUGUGCCCACUUUCCCUAGUGAAAUGUCGGUGGACUACUACGAUGAAUGUUUCAACGACUACAUGUCCAAAAUAGCAAUGGAGCAACUACCAAAUCAUCGACCGUUGUGGGAAAUUCACAUACUCAGAUAUCCUACAAAGAAUGCAGCUGGCAAUUACAUUUUCAAGCUCCAUCACUCGUUGGGCGAUGGCUACUCCUUGAUGGGAGCCCUCCUCUCGUGCCUCCAACGCGUUGAUGACCCUUCGGUGCCGCUUACGUUCCCGUCUAGGCAGUCGAGAACGGGUCCUGGAACCCGCAAGGUCUGGUUGCGACGGAUUCCUAGGUUUUUCACCGGACUUGGUCACACGGCUUACGACUUCGGGUGGAGCCUCUUCAAGAGCACCUUGAUGAAGGACGAUAAAUCACCGAUUAGAUCGGGCAUGGAUGGUGUGGAAUUUCGGCCGAUCGUGAUGACGACAACGACGUUUUCGAUUGCUCAGCUCGGGCAAAUCAAGACCAAGCUCAAUGUGACCAUUAAUGACGUCAUAACCGGUAUAAUAGCAUUGGGAAGUCGAAUGUACAUGCAAAAAGGAGAUGAAGAAUCGUGCAAAUCAAAGACAACAGCCCUAGUUUUGCUCAACACUAGGGCUACUAGAGGGUAUAAAUCAGUCGAUGAGAUGAUCAAACCUAAUUCGGACAUGCCAUGGGGCAACCAGUUCACGUUCUUGCACGUUCCUUUGCCUAAAUUGACUCAAUCAGAGCUUCUAAAUCCGCUCGAUUUCGUUAAGAAAGCUCAUCGGGUGAUCAAGAGACAGAGGAACUCCGCCGCGGUUUACCUAACUGGGCAGCUUCUUAGUUUUAUCCAAAUGGUCAGGGGUCACGAGGCAGCCGGUCGACACAUCCAUGCAACAUUAAAAAACACAAGCUUGGCAAUCUCAAAUAUGAUUGGACCUGUCGAACAGAUUUCUUUUGCCAAUCAGCCUUGCAAAGGACUCUACUUCAUAUUCACGGGCUCACCUCAGAGCGUAACUAUAACAGUGAUAAGUUAUGUGGGGAAAUUGAGGAUUAUAGUGACUACGGAGAAGGGAUUUAUUGACCAAAAUAAAAUGAAGUCAUGUAUUGAACAUGCCUUUGAGGUCAUCUACAAUGCUGCUCUUGAAGUUUAGAUAUAUACUAGUGUUAUUUGUGUGUAUAGUUUAUAUGGGAGUACUAUUUGUGUGUGUGUGUAUAGUUUAUAUGGGAGUACUAUUUGUGUGUGUAGUUAAUAUGGGAGUGCAUGGGAAAGUUGGGUAAAAGAAAGGGAUAUUUAAGGUUUUAUGUUACCUUUUUUUAUCCAAUUAUUGGUCCUAGUAUUUGUUUGUAAUUUGGUGAGAUGUAUGGGCGUAAUGAAUAAAGAAAUAAAUAAAAGAUGCUAAUUUAUUGGCUCUGUUUUCUUAGCCUGAAA